UGGCUUUGGAAGAAGUUUAUUUGGAAGACUGAGCUCACUUGGUCAUCCUAAGCAUUUUCUGAAUAUGCAAUAUAGAAUGCAUCCAUUAAUUAGCUGCUUCCCAAAUAAAAAUUUCUACCACAACAAAAUGUUAGAUGCAACCAAUGUCAAGGGUAAAAGUUACAAAGAAAGCUAUAUACCGGGGACUAUGUAUGGUCCCUAUUCAUUCAUAAAUGUUUUUGGAGGAAGAGAAGAAAUGGAUGUUGCUAGCCAUAGUCGAAGAAAUAUGGUUGAGUUUGCUGUAACAGUGAGGAUAGUGCACAAACUCUUCCAAGCAUGGAACAAAUCGAAGGAGAAACUUAGCAUCGGUGUAACAUCACCUUAUGCUGCUCAGGUUGUGGCAAUUCAAGAUAAGCUCAGGCUUGAAAACCAUGAGAAGGUUAGUGUCACUGUCAAGUCCAUCGACGGAUUUCAAGGAGGAGAAGAAGAUAUCAUAAUUGUAUCUACUGUAAGAUCUAAUAAUGAUGGUUCCAUUGGAUUCUUCUCUAGUCCUCAGAACACUAAUGUUGCUUUGACGAGAGCUCGGCAUUGUCUUUGGAUCUUGGGAAACGAAAGAACACUAAUGAGUCGUAAUUCAGUUUGGAGAGCAAUAGUAUGUGAUUCUAGGGAUCGUCAAUGCUUUUUUAGUGCUGAUGAAGAUGGUGACUUGGUUGAAGCCAUUAUAAAUGUUAAGAAAGACCUAGAUCAACUUGAAGAUUUACUGCAUGGAGAGAGUAUAGUGUUCAAAAAUGCAAGAUGGAAGGUAAUUAUGCUGCUACGGUGCUACCUGAGUAAAUUUUGUUAUUCAUGA